UUCUCUCGAUUCUUCUCGACAAACAAACAGGAGGUCCUAGAAAUUCUCUGGUGGAAAUUCUCCGGUGAUCGGAAUUCCGUAGAAAACGGAAGUCUAUGUCGGCGACGAACACAAAUCAAUCUUCAUCGAUGGUAUCUUCAUCUCAAAUCACCUACUCCAACGCUCCUUCAUAUUUUCCCUUGCCCUUUCACCUUCAACAACCGAUCCCUAUGACAUUUCCCUCUGCAACCCCACUGCCACCACCGCCUGUAGCGCCGCAUGUUCAAUUCCCUGCUCCUCCUCCUCCUGUCAAUGUGCCAGUUGUUCCUUCCGUUUAUACUACCUCUUCUUCCGUUACAGGCGUGUACCUGCCUCAAUACCAACAGGCACAACAACUGUUUCAAAGAGAUGCCCAGACAAUUACCCCUGAAGCUUUAAAAAGUGUUAAAGCUGCACUUGCAAACAGUGAAAUAGAACACAAAUCAGAAACAAAGAAGAAAGCCAUACCUCGAAAAGCAGCAGGUCAAGCAUGGGAGGAUCCUACUUUGGCUGAGUGGCCUGAAAAUGAUUUUCGUUUAUUUUGUGGUGAUCUUGGGAAUGAGGUGAAUGAUGAUGUUCUUUCAAAAGCAUUUUCAAGGUUUCCUUCCUUUAACAUGGCUAGAUCAUGGAGCACUGCCAUAUCACCUUUAAGUAAGGUUGUGAGAGAUAAACGCACAGGAAAGACAAAGGGAUAUGGAUUUGUGAGUUUUGCUAACCCCACUGAUCUUGCAGCUGCUCUUAAAGAAAUGAAUGGGAAGUAUGUUGGAAAUCGUCCAAUAAAACUGCGUAAGAGCAAAUGGAAAGAGAGAACAGAUUUCGAGGCCUUAGAAAAGCAAAAGCAACGGGCACAAAAGAAAUCGAAGCUCCCAAAGAAGAGUGUCCUUCAUAAGUAAGACCGGAUUUACAUAUGUGUGAAAGCUUUGAAGGAUUAUUACAAUCUAAAAUGUUAUCAUAUCAGUGAUGUAAUAAAAACAUGGCAAGAUAUUUAUGGGUCCCAC